GAAGAAUGAGUACUUCAUGAAGACAGAUAAAUUAGGACUGCACCUCGGCCUCAGUGACGGGUUCCAAGGCCUAUGGAUAGACGAAUCGCUGACUAAGGGUGCUUCAAACCAAUGUGAUACAUAUGACAAUGAAUGUCUGGCGGGGGAAGAGAAUGGGCAAUUUAGUGUGGCGUCUAUCGAGGUAUAUGGUGUUGUAGGGUGA